CAGCUGAACCGGAAGAGGAAAACACAUGGAUUAGUGUGUUUACAACUGCUACCAUCCUGGAUGCACCCGGCAUCACCCUGCCGUCCAAAGCGAACCCCAUGUAGUUUGCAUUUGCAGAUGCUGCCUCUGAGAUAACGUGUGUGAUAAUACGGGUCUGUUUUAAAUUAUUUGCCAAAGACUCGAGGUUGUUAUUGCGGUCUAUCUGUGUGAUAUCUGUCGCAGCGUCGGGCCACCCACCAUCUGUGGAAGUGGGACAAGGGAACAGAUGGCGUAUCCAAGCCGGGCUGCACGGCUGCUGACGAUGACCGUUAAGCACUGAGGAGGAUGAGUAUCAGUCAUUGAAAUAAAACCCGGUCGUUGGCUAUUGCACAGUAUCUUUAUCAGACUUGACGAUGCCGCGGUGGCUUGGAUAAGAGCGGGUGACUGGAAGCAUCGCAGAUUGAUCAUAUUGAUGCGCGACAACUCGACCACUGGCAUCAACUUAAUCCCUUUUGACGUGCCUCUGGGUCGGUGAACAAUGGUUGACAACCGCUACGCCACGGCUCUGGUCAUCGCCUGUGUGCUAAGCAUACUGGCCACCGUCUAUCUGUCAGUGGCCAUCGGGACGCAGCACUGGUAUCAGUACAGCAGCCCUACCGUGCGCGGGGAGGCCAACGUGUCCGAACUGCGCUCCCUGUACGAGGAGUUCAUGGACGGGGAGUUUGAUGAGAAAACAUACAGCGACACCUUGUUCCGCCUCAACGGAACUGUGGGCCUCUGGUGGCGGUGUGUGCUCGUUCCAACCAACGGUCAUUGGUACAAGGAGCCAGAUGCCAAGAUGGUGCUGGAGUGUCGAAGCUUCACUCUACCUCAGCAGUUCACUCCAAAGUACAAAGAACCAGGAAACCACAACAGUGGAGAGGACAUGCUACGCACCUACCUGUGGCGGUGCCAGUUCCUGCUGCCCCUGGUAUCACUGGGCCUGGUGGUGUUGGCAGGCCUGACUGGGUUCUGUGCCUGCCUCUGCCGAAGCCUCACCCCCACCCUUGGCAUUGGAGUACUUCACCUGCUGGCUGGUCUCUGCACCUUAGCCACAGUGUGCUGCUACCUGGCAGGGAUGGACCUGCUCCACAGGGUGUCGAUGCUGCCUGAUAAGGUGGAUGGCUCUCUGGGCUGGUCCCUCUACUUGGCCCUCAUUUCCUCGCCGCUCCACAUGAUGGCCGCUGCGCUGCUGGUGUGGGCAGCACGUAGCCACAGUCAGAACUACUACCGCAUGACUGCAUACCGGGUGGCGUAGUGACCAAGGUCUCUGCCCUGUUUAAAACAUCACACCCCACUCUGACACCAAGAUGCAUUUAAUAAUGAUCUCAGAGAAACGGGAUGUGGGUUAAUCUGUGCGUUUUGCCCUCUGAUGGAUUAAAGUGCAUGUACUCUAUAGUAAUGACCCUAUCUGCUGCAUUAAAAGAUUUGAUUUUUAUCUCUCUAGGGGUUUGAAAAAGAUCAACCAGAAAGAUGUGUAGAGUACAGCAUAUGUUUAGUUCAGAGUAACUUAAAACCAAGCUGAAAAGCAUUUGCUGUGUCCCAGUUUCAUACUACACACUGAGUCAGCCCAAUAUAUAGUGCACUCACAUUCACAAAUAACUAAAUUCAAGGAUAAUUGUGGUCUAUUAUCGUAGUUUCAGCCAUUAUUUCUAAUAAUAAUCAGGUAACAAUGAAACUGUGCUCACUAGGUUAGUUGCAGACAUCCAGGAAACACAUUCAGCGGCAUCAUAAAAGCAAGUUUGAGAGGGCAAGAAACACACGAAGUCAACAUGAUCUAACAAGUUUUAAACAAAUGCCCAGGUUAAACAGACUCAUUUGAAUGAUAGAGGGCAACUGAUUAUUAUUUUAAUCCAAACAGGUUCAACUUAGACCUGUUUUACUUAUUGUAGUUGCUCAUGUAUUUGUUGUGUGCAAUGAGACAUUUAAUAUGUGCUCCCUUUCAGUUUGACCCUCUUCUUUCUUGCCCUGUCAGAUUUGGUUAAAGGGAUGUUGCUGUGCUCUUAUUAUUCCCUGCACAAUGUUAAAUAGAAAUCAUUGAUUGUAAUAAAUAGGAAUUUCCCCUCAAGUACAUAAAGAUGUCAGCAUGCAUACUAAAUCCACCCAAGGUAUUUUGAGAAUUCUGAGUAUUUUGUUGCCAACAAACAGAAGAUACUAAGAGAGGGUUAAAAAAAAUUAAAUUGUGGACACUUGUAGAUUUUUCUUGGGAAACCAAAACUAAGUGUUACAUUUUUGGAGAAACACAGCUCUUUAAUUGCUAGGUGUGUUUGAAAGUCUCAGAUUGACAUCCAUCAGCAUGCAUUUUGUGUGAUUUAGAGCUGCCUUUCCAGUAUCCUAUGUAGUACAUACGGUGGUGCAUAAUGUGCUGUGUGUAUGCAAUGUUAAGUAUGUGGUAUGGCAUUGGAACAUACCAGCUGCUGUCCUCACUUCUUCUGGUUGAAAUUUUUAAGUCUUGUUGAACUUCUGCCGCACCUUAUGACAGCUGGGUGUGGUGACACUUCCCCUUUGUUGUGCUUAAAAAACACCUGGCACUAAUAAUAUACAGUUGCCCAGGACACACCCUAAGUAUGUUUGUGAAGAACUGCACCAAGACAAAAACGCAAGACAUUUAUUUUAACAGGAGUUUGCUGUUGUGCAAUCAGCCUUUUACUUUCUGCUUCAAAACAUAGUCUGGGAAUGUGAGCAUCAAUGGGGAGUACAAUAAGAGAGGCUAUUAUUGUAUUUAUGUUUCCAUUGUUACAAACGAUUAACUUUUGACAUCCACCCUUCUUUUUUAAACUUAAGUGAUAUUUAUUUAUGGCAAUUAAUAAGUUCAUACUGUUGUAUAUUGUUUUGUUUGUUAUUUUUAAGCAUAUUUUUAAUGUUCUGACUGAUUUUGUAGACUUUUGUAGUAAUGAUGAUAAAACUCAUCAAGUAUUCAACAUUGUAGUGCUUCUUCACCAUUUAGUGUUUUUUCUUUACCUCAUAUGCUCAUAUAAAUUGUUUCCAUGUCCUUUUAGUGAAUUUAGAUGUGUUUAUUAUUAUUUAUUUGAUUUAUAUUUCAUCCUUGAUUUUUUGAUUUUUUUUUGCUAUCACCAUCAUGGAAAAAAACAAACAAAUGAACUCAAUCAACAGGAUUCAAGGGAAGUAGGUUUUUCCCUUUUAGGCAUUAUGAAUGUACUUUAAUGGCCAUAUUACGAUAAGCUACAGUAUUCCUUUGCACUUAAAUUAUUUUUUGAACAUAUCCUGAAUAUUGCUGUAGUGCUUGGUAGUGAAUUUCUAUUUUUUGACAAUGUAAAUGUCUCAAUAACAAAAACCUUUAAAAAAAAGAAACACCAUUAUUACCCUUAAAACCAUGCUAUAUGUCUUCAUAAAUAUUAACACUCACAAGGUUACAUGAAAUUUACGAAUGUCUGUGAAAAGAUGCACUAUGUGGUCCAAUGAAUCAGAUUGUAUGUGACAUAUUCAGCCUUUAAAUACAAGAAAUUGCUAAAUCCCUGAAUCCACAGUAGCGUAGAUAUAGCAACUGUAUGACUGUGCUUUUGUGAAUCUACAGUGAAUGUGUUGUCCAUUCUCCAGCUGUGAGCCGAAACGGUCGGUAACUGUACACUUUAAAUAUUGUGUGUGAGUGUAUGCAAGCAUACACAUGCAUUGGUGCGUGUUCCAAGCAACUGCUGUAAUUUCAAUAAAAGCUUUUUAAAAAAAAAGAAAA